AGUGUGUUCGCGUUCCCCAGUGAGUGCGCUUCACAGAGGUGCGCAGUGUGAUUUGCCACUCUUUUAUGUUUACGUCGCGUCCGCGCCAAGCGGGGGUCUGCUCCAUCUCGUACGUAGAAGAGGACUGCUGUGGCGGCUAAUUUCUUCUUUUCCGAGACUGGACUUCUUCACACCUGUACUUUCCUUCGACGAAGACAGUGACAUUCGCUGUUCCUGCCCAUAGUGCCGGUGUGACAUCCAACAGGCAGAGAGGACGCUCGCUUGGUAGUUCAGCAGAGUAGGCGGACGUCAGCCGUGUGUGAAAAAUAUCUGAAUUCGACGUCUGUGGAAUUUCAUUUACCUUCCACCGUGACACUGUACUAAAGUUACGCCACUCAACGAUACAGAAGAGUGCCAGCGCCGCAGAAGGACGCCACCCAGGUGGAUGGACCAGAAAUGUUGACAGAGCUCCAGGAGCAGGACAUCACCAUCUGUCUCUUUUCGCUGAGAAGGUACGGAGGAGUCAAGGACAAUAGUUGCAGAUGACGCUUAUUAACGAUUUUUCAAACAAAAUGAUGUUGAUAAGGCUGUCUUUGCUGCUUGUUAUGCUUCCAUACAUGGAAGCCAACUGGUGUCUAACAAAUAGAAAAGAAGUGAGCCCGAAACGUUUCAUGUAUUAUCAAGGACGAACAUCAGACAUACGUUUAGAAGCUUCAGACAGGAUAACACACCAACUGGCCAGUCAUAUCUUCAAAAUAUUCUUAGAAGAAGUACUUGGAUAUGCUUAUGUGUCUGUAGUGAAAGGGAAAGAAUAUAGCAAUGAAACUGAGAUAUUGGGACACCUUUCUGUACCUCUGAAUGGCAGCAGUCCUGCUCAACAACUGCCACCAUCCAUGAUAAAUGUUGAAGUAUGGCUACCAGCCCAAUACAAUGCUGCCAAUUAUUCUGAAUAUUAUGGAGUGAAAGACUGUGGUCUGAUUGCACCUCCUGGAAGAUUUGGUUGGUUUAUUCCAUCGAAGCUCUCAUAUAUGACACCUGGAAUGGACCACUGGAAAUUCUUCACAAAUCAUAAAGAAGUUAGCAUAUUUGAUGUUAAAGGUGAUAAAGAUAUGGAUUUUAUCCGAAAGCAUAUGAAGGAUAAAUCAGCAAACAGUUACUACUGCCGAACUGACUUCUGUGAGAAUGGCAUAUAUUCACCUGAUUGGUGUUCUGACUCUACAAAGAAUAACACAGCAAACUGUGCUCUUUUGUUGGCUGGAUAUCCAGGUCAAACAGCAUUUGUGGUGGAUCAUAUAAGAGAACUUCGUUUAUAUGUUAAAGUAGCGUGGUUAGGCCCAAAUUUGAAAAAUGUAACUGAAACUUUAACAAACAGUUAUGUUAAAAGCGGUGUGAAAAAAUCUCUUAUUAUUCUAUCUUGGACACCGAGUUUGAUUACUGCAGCUGAUGAUGAUGAUUUCACACUUGUAACAUUUCCUGAAUGCAAUCCAUUCUCAUCCCAUACUGAAAUUGGCUGCAAAUAUGAGUUACACAGGCUCGCUAAAUUUGCUUGGUCAAAAAUUAAAGAUGGAGCAACACCUGCUUAUCAGGCACUACUCAAGAUGACAUUUUCAAGAGAGGAUUACCAGAAUCUUCUUAAAAUUUACAAAAAAACUAGCAACAAACAUAAUAUAAGCAGUAUUGCUUGUGCCUGGAUGCAUCAGAAUGAAGAGGUUUGGGAAUCAUGGAUACCUAGGCUGGAAGAUAAGAAUGUGCUUCACAUUGGAGGAAUAUUUCCUAUAUCUUCAUCAUCAUCUAGUUCUGCCAAAGGAAUUGUCAGAGCUGUACAGUUGGCAUUUGUUGCCAUAAAUCGCAAUGAAAGUGUGCUAAGGGACUAUGUGUUACAACCUCUUCUUAAUGAUGGUCAGUGUGCUGCUGACAAGGUGAUGAAAAUAUUCAUAGAUUAUAUUUUGUAUGGAAGCUACAAUACACUUGCAGGAAUUCUAGGCCCAGCGUGCUCUGAUACUGUUGAACCACUGGCAGGAGUCACAAAGUAUUAUAAAACAGUUGUAAUAAGCUACAGUGCAGAAGGCUCUAGUUUUUCAGACAGAACUAAAUAUCCAUAUUUCUUCAGAACAAUUGGUGAAAAUCAGCAGUAUACUGAUGUAUAUCUGAGCUUAUUUAAGAGACUGAAUUGGACAAGGGUUGCUGCAUUGACUGAGGAUGGCCAAAAGUACACUGAAUAUAUAUCCCACUUACAGGAUUUGUUACAAUCUAAUGACAUUCAGUUUGUAACAAACAGAAAGUUCCCGCGUGAUAGAAACAAGGAUGCAAUGGCAAAAUACUUGCUGGAAUUUAAAAGUAAGAAUGUUCGCAUCAUAAUUGGAGACGUAUAUGACCAUGCUGCAAGAUCUCUUAUGUGUGAAGCUUACCGGCAAGAAAUGACAGCAAAGCAGGGAUAUGUUUGGUUUCUUCCUCUGUGGCUAGAUCCUGACUGGUAUGAUACAGAGAGACACCCAAAAGAGAAUCUCACUUGCACUAAAGAACAAAUGGUUCAGGCCAUCAAUGGUCAUUUAGCUCUUAGUCAUGCAUACUUUGCACCUAACGACAGUAUCAUGCAAGAGAAUAAAACAGUUGGGCAGUGGAUGGAACAAUAUAAAAAUGCAUGCAAUACAACUAAUGGAGAGAGGAUGUCAAACUAUGGAGGCUAUGCCUAUGAUGCAGUGUGGACCUAUGCUCUUGCAUUAGACAAACUGUGGAAAGAGAACCAGUCACAUUUCUCUAACAUUCAUAAUGAUAGUACCACAAGACGUUUUGUAGACCUCAUUGGGGAGACUGAUUUUAAUGGUGUAUCAGGACAUAUAAACUUUAGGGGAAGACCUUCUCGAAUAACAACUGUUAAUAUUGUCCAGUGGCGUAAUUAUUCAACGUACAUUGUUGGCUCAUUUAAACCUAAUAUCUCAGAAGACAAUAAGCCACGUGGUGGAACUUUACAUUUCAAUGAAUCUGCAGUAGUGUGGCUUUCACCUGAUGGAAAGCUGCCCAGUGAUGGUACAGAACCACCAUCAGUCUGUUAUGUUCAAGGUCUUGCAGAUGGUCUUGGAGUUACUUGUGAGAUAGCUGUUGUAGUGGCAAAUGUCAUAGGCUUCAGCAUUCUUGGGAUAUUGCUGAUAAUUGCCUUUAUUUUUGUAAAGAGAAGGUAUGAGAAGAAAGUUCAGCUGACCAAAAGAUACAUGGAGCAUCUUGGCAUUGAUUUGCUAUCAGCGUCAAAUCUGGGAACUCUUGACAAAUGGGAGAUUCCACGUGAUAGAGUAGUCAUCAACCGAAAGCUUGGAGAAGGAGCAUUUGGCACUGUGUAUGGAGGAGAAGCCCACUUUGCUGAGAAAGGAUGGGUUGCAGUUGCUGUCAAAACAUUGAAGGUUGGUUCUUCAACAGAAGAAAAACUGGAUUUCUUAAGUGAAGCUGAAGUCAUGAAACGCUUUGAACACAAAAACAUCGUAAAACUAUUGGGUGUCUGUACAAAAAAUGAACCUGUCUACACUGUUAUGGAGUUUAUGCUGUAUGGGGAUCUGAAAACAUUUCUUCUGGCUCGGCGACAUUUAGUAAACGACAGACUUACUGAAGAAUCAGAUGAAGUAUCAAGCAAAAAGUUGACUUCAAUGGCUCUGGAUGUAGCAAGAGCACUCAGCUACCUUGCUGAUUUGAAAUUCGUUCAUCGUGAUGUCGCAUCACGGAACUGUCUUGUCAAUGCUGCUCGUGUGGUGAAACUUGGAGACUUUGGAAUGACAAGGCCAAUGUUUGAAAAUGAUUACUAUAAAUUCAACAGAAAAGGAAUGCUUCCUGUCCGAUGGAUGGCACCUGAGAGUUUGGAACUGGGUAUUUUUACACCAAGCUCUGAUGUGUGGUCCUAUGGAGUGCUACUGUAUGAAAUCAUUACAUUUGGAAGUUUCCCCUUCCAAGGACUGAGCAAUAAUCAAGUGUUAGAGCAUGUGAAAGCUGGAAACACUAUUCAGAUCCCAACUGGUGUGAAACCUCAGCUGGAAGCUCUUAUUCGAUCCUGCUGGAAUAAAGAUUAUAAGCGAAGGCCAAAUGCAUCUGAGAUUGUGGAAUUUCUUGCCAACAAUCCACGACUCUUAUCACCAUGCCUUGAUAUGCCAUUAGCCUCAGUACAGAUGGAAGAUACAGGUCAACUAGAAAUGCAUCUUCCAGAAAGGUUUCGCAAAUGUUCCUUAACAGCUUCAUUGUUGCAGAGUAACUCAGAACUAAGUAAUGGUUGUGUACGUGAACCUCUUUUGAGCUCUAAGUAUAUCACAGCACAUCAAGAUGAUGAAGACUUUGAAGAUGAAUACUGUGGCCAUGACCCACCUGGUGGAAUUAAGCAAGUGGACUCCAUUCUUUGACAGCAUACACUCAGUGGACAGCCAGCCAACUGUGCCACAGAAAUUGUGUUCCUGUAGCUAUAGUAUUUGGCACUAUCGCCUACAGUAACCGGUGAAGUUAACCACAGUAGUAAAUUGUGGUCUGGUUGCGUACUGUGUAUACAAAAUCUGCAUCUGCAGUAGUGUUUAAUGGUGAUGGUCAUGACGCCACACUAUAUAAGCAUUAUAAAGCUGCAGGAAAAUUUUAACUAGCCAUCAGCUGUGUGAAAUACCUCUCUAAUAGAUGUUAAUUAUUAUGUGGUUCCAUUUCACUAUAUGAAAUUUGUUUUUCUGGCUGAUUGUAGCUACACAUUUCUUUUCCUGCAGUGAGAAAGUGAAAAAGUGCUAAGCACUCUAGUGAACUGUUGAUUUAAUAAACAAUUUAAAAAGAGUCAAUAUCUCUUAAAUAAAUAUGCUGCUCAGCAGGUCAGAGAUAAAAGCUGUAAUGAGAUAUUUCAAAAUAUUUAUAAUUACUCUUUGUUACAACUAAUGAAUUUAACUGGCGAUUCCUUUGAGUACACAAUUUUUUAUUUUUAGGCAUUCAGUGGAGAAAGUGGUUCAAAACCCUAUGCAUAUGAGCAAGUAAGAAAGUGCCAGUUUCAUUCCAACCAUUGUAACCAAAUUAUUCCUCUAGUCUUAUUUAUAUACUUAUGUUCCCAUUCAUCAACAAAAGUUUCUAGAUGAAUUCACAGUUUUAAGUUUAUGAAUCCUUGCAGAGUCUAUAAUUAGAUGACAGAAUCCAAAACCUCUGCACUUCUCAUUCUCAUUACCUCUUAUAUAGUAAGGAUUAUCUGAUACUGAUGUAAAAGAUUUCAAAAGUCUUUUGGAGAAAAAAAGGUUUCAAAAAAUGCACAAACACCAUGUUUUUUUUUACUGAAUUUUUGGUUAAAAUACAUGCGUGUAUCGAAGCAUGGCAAAUUGUAAACAUUCCUUACAUUUAUUUGUCACAUGUUUAUGAAGAUCACUUCUUUAUCCAAUAUCCAUGACAAGAUUCUUGAUCAGAAGAAUAAAAGAAGGUUAAGUUAUAGUUCUGUAGUAAUACUGUACUUAAUGUCUCUCAUCUCUCUUUGUCCACACAAUUGAGACAUAUUACUGAUUAUAUGAACUAAUUCUUUUCAAGAGUCACAUAGCUCAGGAAUGUGUGUUUUUUAAUUCUAACACUAGGUGGUUUUCAUUUACAUUAGUUCAUAAUAAAAAUUUUGAGGCCAAUGUCUUUUGUAGUGCUACAUGCUUUUUUUUAUAUUCAAGUGAUUGUGUUGUAAAACAGCUUAUGUGGGCACACAAUGGAUAAUGUAUGUCCCACUGUCUGAGCAGUACACUAUCUGUGACAUUUCCUUUCUUUUAUAAUGUCUCACCACAAUUCCUCAUUCAAAAUGUUUGCAUCUUAUUACAGUGAACUUUCAGUUUCAUCAAAUGUAUGUAAUAUAAAUGCUUUAACAAACUUUAUUAGCCAUAAGAAAAGAAUAACGGAGUUGUUUUACAGUUUUAAAGGUAAAACACUUAUUGGUUCUUUUGUGUGUGUGUUGACAGGAAUUAUGUUUCACAUUUUUCAAAUCUUUUAAUAUGUUUGUAAUAUGUGACUCGAGAUGUUUAUUUAAAAUAACACAGUAAUGGCAGAGGGUCAUAAAUGUCAAGUGCAAAGGGAUUUAAAACAAACAAGUUGCAUUAUAUAACUGCAAACUAUUAUCAUACAUUAUGUUCUUUUUAUAUUAGUUCACUUAUUACAAAUUCAGGACAUCAGAUGUAGACACUUGUUGCAAAGUCAUCUUUAUUACUAUUGACAUGUUGUCUGCAUAAAUUCGUGUCAGAUGAAAUGCCAUAUUAAAUUUUCUGUUCUUUAACAUGCAACAAAUAUUAGAGUGCAUGUCCUUCAUGGACAAUAUGAUAAAAUUGCAUUCUCCACUUAACUGAAUCUCCAAAUAUUGAAAAACAUUUUUAUAUACUGGAAAUAAUUGACCAUGUUGCUAUCCACUGAUAUUGUUUUGUAAAGUGGUUUCUCAGUUUUUUUGUCUGGAGAAACCAUGUUUACUUGUUUUAUGUAUUUGUUUAGGAAUCACAUCUCAUGUAUUGAGAUGAUAUGUGUUUGUAUUUUAUUUUAUGGUACAUAGAAAAAUUUAUUCUCUCUUUCAACAACAAAACAGCAUGUUUCAUCACAAUUGAAUGUAAUCACAUAAAUCUCAAAUUUCACAGAAGUGUCUCUAAGAGUAUUUAAUGCUGGUUAUUUAAUUGCAAUGGUGGGUAAUGUAGUUUUCACUGAUAAGGGUUGACUAGUAUGAGCUUUGGAGAUCUAGAUCUCAUAUCAAAAUGAACCAUCAGACCCUUUAAUUUAGGAGGAAUUAUUUACUCCACAGGUGUCAAUAACUCAUAAUGUUGUCAGAUUACUCAGAAACUCAUACAAGAUUUUCUAAGCGUAGUUCAAAGAACUAUCCAUUUUAAGCUAAGUGAUAAAUAUACAUGUGCUGCAAAGAAAGUGUGCUAGAAAUGAGCAUCUAAAGCAUUCUACUAAGAAGGUACACAGUUGGAGCGAAGAACCUGGGUAUUGGUGUUAACAAGCUUGGCUUCUGCAUGUGCAAUGAGAGUGAGGGUUUUAAGAUAUUUUCUAUUACAGUCAAUGUUGCAUUAAAUAAAAUAUUAUGUAAAUUGUGUGUGACAAAUUAACUCUGUGUACCAGUUCAGAAUUUGUACCCAGAUAUUUAACUGUCAUGAAGGGAUGUCACACAAAUCAAUUAAAAGCUUCAACAGCAUCAGCCAAACUUACUGCAUUAAUCUAAAUCUUAGAUUACUGGUCUAUUCCAACUGAUAAAAUCUACUUUUUUUCUGUUCAUGCUGUUGAAAUAAUUAAAGUAAAUCUAACUGCAGUUAUCUGACUUGGGGAUAAGUAGACCAAUAGUUUUGCUCCCUAACUUAACUGCUGUCAGCUUUUCAAUGCCCAAAGGGUAGCCUCAUUUACACCUUCCUAAGUAUUUGAAGUCUGUCAAGAGCUUACAGUUUAAUAUCUGAGAAAAUAUAUUACCAGGAAACAAAAUAAGUGAAAAUUCUUGGAAGUAUUGUUGAGAUCUAUACACAGAAAUCUCAAUUUAGUUUUCCUGGCAUAUGUUGUUUUUGACAUGCUGUUAUGUAUUCUGCUGGAUAAUUUCAUCCAGAUUUUGUGAUAUGACAGCAGGCUGAUGAAUGAAUGACUCAACCAUCAGCUCAGCUUAUUGAAAUUUUGUAACAUCUGGAUGCCAUUACCCAGAAGAAUACUUUAGAACAGGUCAAAAUCACUCUAUAAGCUACCAGCAAAUAUAUUCCAUCUUCCUUUCAAGACAAGCUUGUGAAAUAUAAAUUCUGUCCCUUAUAAAUGAAAAGACUGUACUAAAAAGCUUCUGUUGUCAUCAAAUAUGUUUUGUGACAGGAUCAUGGUUAUUUUUGGUACUCCUAAGAGGCAAACAAUUCAGGUAAAGACUCUAAAUAUAUGCAUUAGUGAUAGAUUAAAUGUGAUUUUUGUGUCCAUCAUGAUAGAAUCCUAAUGUUUUUUCUUUCUCUUUUUAUAAAUAAUAGUCAGAUAUAAAUCUGUGGUGCAAACAUCUAGGAAACGUGAGUGAACUUGACUCUGUACUGUAGGUUUUUCAUUUAAUAUAAAUAAUUUAGUCAAACAAUGGAAAAUACAGAUGAAAUAAUGACAGUACUAUGAAAAAGAUAGCCGCUACCCACCAUAUAGUGGAGAUGCUGACUCGCAGAUAGACACAACAAAAGGACUGUCAAACAAGUAAUCUUUCAGCCAAAAAGCUCUUCAUCAGAAUUAGACAACGUACACACAUACAAAUAUCUCACACAGACACGGCCUUGGCAGCAAGCGAUUUUGGUCACUUGUGUGUGAGUUGCAUCUGCAUUGUAUGUGUGUGUUUUGUCUAAUUAUGAUUAAGGAGUUUUUGGCCAAAAGUUUAUUUGUUUUCAGUCUUUUUGUUAUGCCUAUGUGUGACUCAACAUCUCUGCUAUGUGGUGAGUAGCAACUGUCUUUUUCAUAAUACUGAAAUAAUUUAGUCAAGUUUGAGAUUAUCAGAUGUAAGUUACAAUAUACAGAAAGCAACACAAAUCAGCACACCGAAAAACACAGUUAGCCCAACACCCAAAACAGUGCUAAACAGCACAUUUUAAACUUCAAGGUUCACAGAUUCCAGCCCUCCCAAGCAUCACAGAAAGCCAGGAAGAAACAAAGCAUGGUUUCUAGAACUCAAAUGUGAAUGUUUGUGUGCAUUAGUUCUUUAUGGACAGUGACUUUCCUAUUCAUAUUUUGUAGACAGUGACUUAUUCAUAUUUGCUAUAUCUUCAUGUGUACAUUUGAGGCAUGUUAAGUUUUAUUGCCCAUAAGUUUCAUAUCUAUUUGUGAGUUAUUUGUUGACUCUAACACGAUCUCAAAUAUUUCCAUUGAGUAUGAACUUUUCCUUUCUUGCAUAUUUUGUAUUUAUUUUUUAUGUCACAUCAUUUUGUGGGCAGUGUUGUUGUGGAGCUAUCAUUAAAAGGUUUAUUUAUAGUCAUGUUCCUUUUCUCUUUCCAUAAUACAAGGAUCUGUUCCUUGUCUAACAUGUUUAGGUUUGUUGCCUUCACAUUAUCAUGCACUUGAUUUAUUCACUGUUCAUUUGAGCAGAGUUCCAGUGGCUUUUUUUUUUUUUUUUUUUUAAAAAAAAAAAGACGAAAUGUAAUUUUAGAUGAAAGUCCAUUUUUCUAUGUUUUGGUUCUUAGUCUGAAAAUGUAGGCAUUUUAAUAGCAAAAUUAUUUCUCUAUUAGAGUCUUAUUUGUUGUUCUUGUUUCUUGUGAUUUUGUUAGUAAUUGGUCCUCCUCCCCUUUCCCAACACUUGGUGAGAAUGGAGUAAAUUAUGAUGCAUUUGAAAUGUUUGUGAGAUAUAUUUCAGUGACUGAAAUUUGUGUUAUCCGUAUUUGUAUUCAGUCUUAUCAUUUGAGUGUUCACAUUAAUAUACUAUUUUAAAGCUGGUAAUUAUCAAUGCUUCAAAGCUUACUUUAUUUUGCACUUUAAGUGUAAAUGGAAGUCUAAGGUACAAUGAAUUAUUAUUUCAUUAUAGUCUUUAACGUUAUACACACUCUGAAUUAAUAUUGCAUCUUUGUUAUUCAGUUCUAGCUUUUAAUUUACAGUGAAGUGUCACUUCAUGCAUUCACUGUUCUUUCUUACCAGUCAGUACUGCAGUACAGAUUUGCAAUAAUCGCAUCAUUCAGUACUUUCAGUGAUUCAUGUCAAUGAUUUGUAUUAAGGGGACUGGUCUGAUUCUCUCUAAUGAGAAAAUAUAGUUGGUAGCUAAUUUUUCAUUAGCUUUCAGUGGCUAUUACUAUAUUUAGCAUUUAGAUGAAGUAACUUCAAUCUGUAUCUAUUACUAUUUCUCCUGGUCUGCUGCGCAGCUAAGAUAAAAUUUAAAAAGAUACAUGUAUGCUUGUUUGUAUGAUAUGUAACUGGUUUGUGUCAAGUUUCAUAUGGAUGUGAUUUUGAUGUUGUUUACUUUUUGUCACUAAUGCACCAUUACUGAGUUGCAAUGUGCUGAAAAUGUACUGGUAUGAUAAUUAUGUUUAUGCAUACAUUUGUAUUUGUAUGUCAAUGAAGUACCUGAUGUAGUUAAUAUGUCAUUACUAUUAUUAUUAUUGUUAUUAUUAUUAUUAUUGUUAUUAUUAUUAUUGUCAUCUUCAUCUCGAUUAUCAUGUCCUCAUCCUGUGUGUCAUCAUUUUUGUACCUAAUUUACACACUGAUAAAUUUGCUUAAAGCACAUGUGUUGCUGUAAAGUGUGAAAAGUUGAUUAUGAAUCUCCUGUAUUAUUUAAGCAAAAGUAGAAUUAAUAGAUACAUUCUGUACCUCUAAUCUAAUAUACCAGUCCUUAAGUGAAAAAAAGGUUACAUGCAGUCAAGCAUAUAAUUCUGUAAGGAAUAAUGCGAAGUGGUUGUCAACAUACAAAACUUGUUGCAGUGGUCAAAACAAAUGUGGCUUUGCAUCAAGAUACAGCAUUUUUAUGGCAGAUGAAAAUUAAUUUCCUUGCUUCAAUACAGUUUGAUGAGUGGAUGACUAUAUGACUCAUCCUUCUCAUUGUUCUUGCCACAACUGAAAUUCAUUAUUGGUAUGAUACUUUUUAUUUUGUUAAUGAUUUUUACUAAUGGCAUUUUUUUGUACAAAUUGUAAAUGAUGUAAUUUUUGUCAUCCUUUUCUGUAUAGUAUCCUUAGCAAAUGACCAAGAAAUAUUCAUGUAUAUUCUAUUUAUGUCAAAUAUUGCAUAUUGUGACUGGUAACCAAAGUAUUUGUUUCUUAGCUCAAAUAAAUGCGUAAUACCUUA